GGAGAGGAGGCCGGCCAGAGGUGACGGGGUGGCCGCCGGCGCCGGACACCGCCGCCGUGAGUGAGUUCAGAGAGUGGGAUCGGAGGACGGAGCCGGGGUGACACGGCGAGGAGCGCGGCACAGGUACUCUCUGCUGUCUCGCCAGCCGCGCCCAUGCUGGAGGAACCGCUGAAGAUGGCCCCGAGCCAUGACCACACGGGCGGGCCGACCGGCGGCUACCAGGCUAGCCUGCACUCGCCGCCGCCAGCAGCGCCGCCGUCGCCGCCGCCAGACGCGCCACCAUCGCCGCAGCAGUACCCCUCGCCGGCCGAGCCGCCUCGGCCGCGCGAGACCAGCUCACCCGACUACAGCCUGUACGGGUUCGGCGCGGGCCACGGCGGCUUCCCGGUGCCCGUGUACCUGGACAAACCCCGGGAGGUAGAGGAGAGGUCAGAGAACGGCCACCCGGAGCCGGCGCCCAGCCCGCCGCCGGCCGCCAACGGCCACCACGGCAGCCCGCGGCCGGCCGCGGACGGCGCCGCCUCGCCGCCGCCGGUGGAGCCGGGCUCUCCGCCCGCCGACUGGCCGCGCACCGACUCCGUGCUGCGGUUCGGAGACCGUCUCCACCCGCCCCCCUCGGCAGGACCGGAGCGGACCGGUAACGGAGAAGGAGACUGCGAGACCGGGACCGAGGACCGCGGACCGCGGACCACCAGCUCCCCGCCGGCUCCCGGGACUGAGACCGACCAGCGGCCCGAGGGAGACGCCGCGCCCGCGCCCGGCUUCAACGCCCUGCAGCGGCUGCAGCACGCGCUGGAGCAGAACGGCACGUUCAGCGUCUACGGCGAGGAGUCGCCGAACGGCGGCGGCGGCGGCGGCGGAGGAGGCACCGAGAUCUACCAGUGCCAUCUCUGCACCUACACGGGCAGCUCAAAGUUCCACUUCAGCCAGCACAUGCACUCGCACUACGACUUCAAGUGCUCGCAGUGCGACUUCAGCACCCACUCCAACGUCAGCCUCAAGGAGCACAUGAAGACGGAGCACAACAUCGAGAUCAAGGACUACAUGGACGAGCCGGGAGUUCGCGUGCCGCGCGUCAACGCCUCCGGUAAGGUGCGCCUCCACAAGUGCAAGUUCUGCGAGUUCAAGACGGCCACCCAGGUGGAGCACUGGGAGCACCUGAAGGGCCACAUCGCUCCCGAGAAGCGAUUCUGGUGUCACGUGUGUCCGUUCAUCACAGACGUCAAACACCACCUCACCUACCACCUGCGUAACCACUUCAACUCAAAGCCGUUCAAGUGCAACAAGUGCGAGUACUCGUGCGUCAACAAGUCGAUGCUGAGCUCGCACAUGAAGUCGCACACCAACUUCUACCAGUACCGCUGUGGCGACUGCAACUUCGCCGCCAAGUACGCCAACGCGCUCAAGAACCACCUGCGCAAGGAGAAGCACCGGCCGGGCAUGGUUCUCAACCCGGACGGCUCGCCAAACCCGUUCGUCAUCAUUGAUGUGUACGGCACGCGACGAGGACCCAAGAUCAAGAAGGACGACAACGGCAUGCCCAUCCUGCCGUCAUCGCUGCAGGAGAACUACGUCAACUUUAUCCAGACGCAGAGCAAGUACAUUACGAGUCCGACCAACCCGUGUAACAACUUCAGCUCGCCGUACCUGAAGUCAGAGCCGCCGCUGGACGCUGGCGAGGGCAAGCUGGCGCUGCCGCGCGGCUACAUCCGCUGUGACAUGUGUCCAUACAGCACGCCGGACCGGGAGCAGCUGACCCGGCACAUGAUGAACCACAUGACGCCCGACAGCCAGCAGCCCGAGGAGACCUCGCCCGCCUCGUCCAAGUCUGGAGACGAGGUCCGCGAGCCGCCUCCACCCCCACCGCCGUCCGGGCUCGGCAGGAUGGAGCUGCUGCGCAGCGCGCUCGCACAGCCCGUGCGCCUGCCGACCAGCCACCUGUCCAUGACGGCGUCCCCGCCGCCGCCGCCGCCGCCGCCUCCGCCGCCCCCGCCGCCGGCGUACCGCCGCCCGGAGCCCAGCGAGCCGGCCGCGCCGCGGCUGCCGCAGUACGACUCCCUGGCGGCCCACCGGGUGCGCGAGUACUUCAGCCGCGCGCUGCAGUCGCCGCUUCUCUACAACCUGUCGAUGGCGGCCGGUCUGAACGGCGCGCCGCCGCCGGCCGCCGGCCUGCCGCUGCCCUUCAGCAUGACCCGGCCGCCGCCGCAGCCGGCCCCCAGCCCGCCGCACACGCGCGUCGUCUCGCCGCGGCCCAGCUCGCCGCCGUUCUACGAGCGUCCGCCGCCGCAGAGCGAGUCUCCGCAGCCGAGCUCGCCGCCGACCGAGCGCGGCGACGUAGCGCUCGACCUGAGCCGACUCGGCAAGCGCUCGAGCAGCGACGAGUCGCCACCUCCUCCGACCAAGCACCGGCGCAAGGGGCGCGCGCAGAAGCUGGAGCUGAUCUCCCAGCGUCUUCAGGAGGCGGGCGGCUCUCCGCAGCACUCUGCCGGCAGCCGGGAGCGCAGCAGUUCUCCGGAGCGCGGCGGCGAGGAGCCGACUGACUGGCGCUCCGGCGCGCACACCUGCCACAACUGCGGCAUCGCCUUCAAGGACCUGGUCAUGUACACCAUGCACAUGGGCUUCCACGACUACCGGCGCCCGUUCAGCUGCAACAAGUGUGGCGAGCAGUGCCGGGACGCCAUCGCCUUCUUCCUGCACAUCGCGCGCGUGCCGCACUCGUCCUAGGAGCGGCCGGCGCCUGCUGUGCCGCCGGCCCGGUGCCUCACCGUUGUCUCGUCACACCACCGCGUGCCUCGAGCUCAGCUGCUGUGUCUCAGUGUCUCACCAUCGCAGCCUCACUGGUCCGAGGUGGCUGCAUCUUGUUGAUUGUUUUCUUUUUAUUUCUGAUAGUAUUUUUGUUGGUCGGUUUUGAAAGCGCGACGGCCAGUAGAAGACGAAUUUGCAUAUCUUGCCUGCAUUUAAUCGUGUGAGUCAUUUAUUGUUUAUUUAUGCGUUGUCGCUGUAUUUGUAUUUUUAUGGUGGUUGUUCCUGAAUAUCUAGUCCGGGCAUGACAUCGUUGCUAGACUUCCUUGAAACAAAGGCAGUGACCUCUUCGUAUCUCUAUAUCGACUGAUGUUAUUUUUCGUAUCGUUGAACUUCAUUUAUAGGAAAUCUUCAAACUUUUGACCAUAUUGUGGCCUUGACGUUAGUGCUCUGAAGUUCAUU